UCCCACCUGUGAGACAGCGAGGGCGUCACAAACGCUAUCCCACAUUGCAGGUUGCAGGCCCACUUCUUAUCUUGCGAGAACGACACCAAAUGACACGCACACAUAGUUCAACAUAGUUGAGAAUUGGGAUUGGGACAUAUGUUCUGAAUAUUCGUUCCUCUUGUAGAAAUGUUUGACAUACGACAAUGUGACUCGAGUGGACAAUAAAUAAGGAUAGCGAAAGUAUCAUGGCACCUAACCAACGUCAACGACAGCUCGUUUUGUCAAAGAAAGAAUUGAAAAAGAUUAAUGGAAGAAGAUUCUCAAAGCCAGAAGAAUCUUCCGACGUGGGACUUGUCUAUCCCAAUUAUGAUACAGCUUUUAAAUUGCUAUUGUCAGCAAGAUUUUGCUCAGCUGUAUGGUGUCACAUAACAGACUGUGAUGAAACAUAUAAUUACUGGGAACCAAGUCAUUUCUUGCUAUAUGGAACAGGCCAGCAAACGUGGGAGUACAGUCCUGAAUAUGCCUUACGUUCGUAUAUGUACUUAUUAAUUCACAUGGUACCAGCAAAAGUUUAUCAUUAUCUAUUGGAACCAAAUCCCACACUAGUUUUCUAUUUUACGCGAUGCUUCCUAUCUGUGGGUUGUACAUUAUCUGAAUUAUACUUUUACAAGAGUGUCUAUCGCGAAUUUGGGAUCCAUGUGGCAAGACUUACAUUAGUAUUCCUCAUUCUCAGCUCUGGAAUGUAUAUCUCCAGUGCUGCGUUUUUACCAUCGUCUUUUUCAAUGUAUCUGAGUACUGUUGCUACUGCAGCUUGGUACGCUCGCCAGUAUGAAUUGGCUAUUUUUGCUACCGCUAUCUCUUCGUUACUUGGAUGGCCAUUUGCUGCGCUGCUUGGGCUUCCCAUCGCCGUUGAAAUGUUAAUACACAAACGAGAUUGGAUCAAAUUCAUAAAAUGGGUCAUUAUAUCUGCCGUUGUAAUUGUGAUACCAAUAGUGUGGGUGGAUUCCUUGUACUUCGGCAAACUUGUCAUCGCGCCAUUAAAUAUCAUAUUAUAUAAUAUUUUCACCAACCAUGGACCUAAUCUUUAUGGCACUGAGCCAUUCAGUUAUUACAUCAUUAAUGGAUUCCUGAAUUUCAAUUUUAUCUUUAUCGGUGCAUUGCUCGCACCCUUAGGCUUGUUUUUAGUAUGGCUGAUUGUGCCAACGCGUCCAAGAGAUCGUUCAUGUCUUUCUUACUGGUAUUCAUUGGCUCCUUUAUAUUUAUGGAUUCUUGUAUUCUUUGUUCAGCCGCACAAAGAGGAACGGUUCUUGUUUCCAGUAUAUCCUAUGAUUUGUUUAGCAGGCGCUAUAGCGGUGGAUAUUGUACAGAAGCUGUACUUUUAUGUUAGAACGAAACUCAAUCCAUCGCAUAUCAGUUGCCACUAUUUGCAAUAUACUGUACACAUAACUGUUCUAGCAAUACUAACAUGUGGUCUCUUGGGAUUAUCAAGAUCAUUGGCGAUAUAUAAAGGAUAUUAUGCUCCCAUGGAAAUUAUGACUGAAGUCAACAAACUGGAAACAGAAGGUAACAUACCUAGAGACGUUAAUAUAAAUUUCUGUAUUGGAAAAGAAUGGCAUCGCUUCCCUAGCAGUUUUUUCUUUAUUAUUUUCAGUUGGAAAUUACAAUACUUGAGAUCUGAAUUUAAAGGACAGUUACCUCAACCCUUCUUAGAUCAUGAAAAUGCAACAAGUGUAAUUCAAGCACAUUUUAACGAUAUGAAUAAAGAAGAACCAUCGCGUUAUUUUAAUUUAGAGAAGUGCCAUUUUCUGUUAGAUCUGGAUACAGAAACUGAAACAGUUUUAGAACCAAAUUACUCUCGCCUAAGUAAUCAGUUUAUUAUUGUGAAAUCUUCUAAAUUCUUAGAUGCAUCAAAAUCACAUCCAUUCUUCAGAGCUUUUUACAUUCCAUUUGUAUCUUAUAAGUUUUGUAAAUAUGGUUCAUAUAAUUUAUUACAAAAUAAGUUUAACUCCAUGCUUUUAUCAUCCAAGCAAAGACAUUCCCAGUUUUCUUAA